ACCGGCUCCGGCGUGAUGGCGAUGACAUCAGCCUAUGACGUCCGGCUGUUUGCCUUCGUGCGCUUCACCACGGGGGACGCCAUGAGCAAGCGGUCCAAGUUCGCCCUCAUCACGUGGAUCGGGGAGAACGUCAGCGGGCUGCAGCGCGCCAAGACCGGCACGGACAAGACCCUGGUGAAGGAAGUGGUGCAGAAUUUCGCUAAAGAGUUUGUGACCAGUGACCGGAGGGAGCUGGAGGAAGACUUCAUCAAGAGUGAGCUGAAGAAGGCGGGGGGCGCAAACUAUGAUGCCCAGACGGAGUAACCCCACCCUCCGCGCCCCCAGUCACCGCAACCCCGGGAGGGGACCGCCGGCCUCGCCACCAGCCCACGGGGAGAGGACAAGCUAGGAGAGGCCUCACCGCCGCCUGUGUCUGUGGCGCGGAGCCCCUUUCCUGUCCCCUCCUGACCCCGCUGUGUCCCGUCUCACGACGCUCAUGGAACAUCUUCAUUUGAUCUUUUCCUCUCUUUUCUUUUCCUAGAGAAAAAUCAUUUUGAUGCCAAGGUCAUGCACUUAAUCAGCCCCACGUGCCUCUCAGGGCAGCCCCGUCCCUGGUAUUUCUCUUGUGCUCCUCGUAGCCCAAGAGAACACCAUGGCCUCUCUUUGAUUUCCGACCCUGACCCAUGCCAUCCUGGUUUCCUUGGGCCUCCUGCUUCCUGUGAGGCUGCUGCUGCACCAGAGGCUGCUGCAGCCUUCCUGAACACACGCAUUGAUGUAUCAGUGGGCACAGGCCUCCUGCAAAUGCUCCUGGGCCCUCAUCCCACCCCUGAAGUUGCAUGGAGACAGUGUUGCCUGCUGGGGAGAAGCCUAGGUCUGGCUCGGACCAAGUAAGAAAUUAAAACAUUUGCCUUAAAACUGCCUGGCAGUAGCUUUUGCCAUCAGGUCUGGAACCCCCCAGCCCCACCCUUGGGCCUGAAAUCUCCCCAGAAUGAGGAGACGUCUGAGGCCGGGGUGAUGGAGGACCAUUUCCAGGCUGACCCCAGGGGCUCCCAGAGGGGUGAGAUGGAGGUAGGAGGCCACGUGGGGAGUGGGACUUGGGGAGCGGGUGCACGUGAACCCCAGGCCCCCCCAGGAUCUGACUUUGCUGCGUUUGAAGAAAGAUGAGAUUGGCUUGGUUCCUGUGAGCACACUUUCUAGGGUUCUUUUUCCUUUUUUCCUUGCUCCUUUCAUUUGGGGAAGAAAAUUGUACUGUAUGCGGUGUGAAGACCAGCUCUGUCACCAAGCAGUUUACAGAAAUAAAUGUGUUGUGUUUUUAAAAAAAAAA